UUUGUUCCCACGCAAGUAAUCUGCCCUCAUUUCUUUGUGCGUUCCUCACCAGCGACUCACUCAUCGUGCGGCUGCGCCAACCAUAGAUGCAAGAGACGCUGUCGCUCGGGCAAGGACGUGCAGUUGCAGUAGUGUUAGCCGUGUUCGAGUUCCAGUUGUCGCAGGGAGAACUUCUCUUUCACCAGAGGGAUGAAAAGUCAAAUUCCUCCAGGGAGUAGCAUGAAAGCUUCGAAAGAUUUUCAAGAACGAUAGUUUUCAAAUGACUGGAAGGUCGUUUCUGGGCCAUUUUUGCUGUAUCAGUGAAAAUUUCUUCCAAACUGUCACAGUCAGAAAUCUCAACGCCUGUCAGCAUGUGACAGGUGAUGAGGGCAGGUACAAGUGUAGAAGAAGACCACAUCUUUUUACUCUUACAAUCUGUAGGUUCUGAAACGCCAAUAUUGAAUCAUUCUUAUGUAUGUGCUUCAAGUUGGGUGGGCAAAUACGUACCGGUUCUCUCAGCAUUGGUAGAGGAUUAUUCAAGUGUCCACACGUACGACUUCCUCUAACAAGUUGCAGUUUUCUAUCCUUAAUGCCUCCAGAUGAACGAGUUCUUCAAGUAAUACAGUGGAAAGUGGACUCUCGCGUGAACCACAAUCAAUGACUUCUUGUUUGGAUCGUAAGAACUUCAGAGAAUUCAAGCUUGUGAAGAAGACAAAUCUGAGUCACAAUUCUGCAAGAUUUAGAUUUGCUCUUCCUACACCUACUUCAGUUCUUGGCCUUCCUAUUGGAAAACAUAUUAAAUGCAGGGGAAGAGAUAGCCAAGGAGAGGAAGUCACCAGACCAUAUACCCCAAUCACUUUGGAUUCAGAUGUUGGCUACUUUGAAUUGGUGGUAAAGAUGUAUCCAAAAGGAAGGAUGUCUCACCAUUUUAGAGAGAUGAAAGAAGGUGAUUGCUUGGCCGUCAAGGGUCCUAAGGGACGUUUCAGUUACAAACCAAAUCAAGCUCGCGCGUAUGGAAUGCUCGCUGGAGGUUCUGGCAUCACCCCAAUGUUUCAGAUCACACGAGCCAUACUAGAAAAUCCAAAAGACAAAACGAAACUGAACCUUAUUUAUGCCAAUGUUACAGUGGAUGACAUUCUACUAAAGGAAGAAAUUGAUGAGUUGGCAAGCAAGUAUCCUGACCGUUUCAAAGUUUACUAUGUUCUAAAUCAGCCUCCUCAACCAUGGAAUGGUGGGGUUGGGUUCAUAUCAAAGGAAAUGAUUCAAACCCAUUGUCCUGCACCUGCAUCUGAUAUCCAGAUACUAAUGUGUGGUCCACCAGCAAUGAAUAGAGCCAUGGCUGCUCACCUUGAUGCACUUGGCUACGCACCAAAUAUGCAGUUUCAGUUCUGAUUGUUUUCCUUUUCUCUCUGAAAUGGUUGUUGCUAUUUUUUAUUUAAUGAUUUGUAUCUCAUAUAUCAAAGAAUUAUAGCAAAUAAUAAUAAUAAAAUGGAAAAGAUUGUUGCAAGACAAAGUUUGACAUCACUGCAACUAUUGUUAUUGUUCA